UUGCCAACCAGCAACCUGCUGCCAAAAAAUGUGCAACUUCUUUUAUAAGCAAAAAAAUUAAAAAUAAAAAGGAUUCAGAAACAUGGGCAUCUUAGCAUGCUUUCUUCUUGCGUUAUUCAUCCCUUAUGCAACUUCAAUUACUUUUAAUUUCUCAAAUAUUACUCCAAAAUUCAAGGAUAUGUACACUUUGUCAGGUGCUGCUAAUAUAUCUGACGGCGGAAUUCAAGUGACAUCAGAAAAUAAAAGUAUAGUUCACAACAGUUUAGCGGGUCGGGUGACAUACAUCAGACCACUUCAUCUUUGGGACCAUACUUAUAGUGGGCUAGCUAGCUUCUCUACUAGCUUUACAUUUGUGAUUGCUUCAGACCCGGAUGAUCCUUACCGUUACUCAGAUGGGCUCACAUUCUUCCUAGCGGAAAAUAAUUCUGUAAUAAGUGGCCAAGGAGCCAUGGGACUUCCAUUCAAUACAAAAAUAUAUUCAAAUACAAAUCCAUUUGUUGCGGUGGAGUUUGAUACCUUUUGUAACGAUGUAUGGGACGACCAAUGUCAAGGUUCGAGUCAGGAUGAUCAUGUAGGUAUCAAUGUUAACUCUCUUACCUCUGUUAAGUCUGAAAAAUGGAUGACUGACAUCCCUAAUGGGAAAGAAUAUGAAGCUUGGAUCAAGUAUGACUCCACUUCAAAAAAUCUCAGUGUCUCUUUUACAGGUUAUCGAAACAAUACACUUGUAAGGCAAGGUCGACUUGAUUACACCGUUGACCUAAGGGACGUGUUGCCCGAAUGGGUUAUUUUUGGGUUUUCAGCUUCAACUAGUUUGGAUUUUUUUGAAAAACACAAUGUAAGAUCUUGGAUGUUUAAUAGUUCUAGUUUACAAGUUGAUAAAGAGAAAGCUUUACCACCAACUAACAGCCCAAAAUCUUUUGAGCCACCACCCAAGGAGAAAAACAAGACUGGACGUGUGCUGGGAUUAAUAGCUGGUCCAUGGGUUGUGGUUACUUUUUUUACUUUACUUUUAUUUUGCUUAUGGAGGAAGAACAAAAAGAAUCUAGAUGAAGAGGAGGAGUUUGGAUUUACUGCUGAGAUGAACAAUGAGUUCGAAAUGGGUGUCACAGGCCCAAGAAGAUUUUCUUACGGUGAGUUAGCUCGGUCCACUGCCGGGUUUUCAGAUAAUAUGAAGCUUGCAGAGGGAGGUUUUGGAGCGGUUUACAAAGGUUUCUUGAGAGAUACGAAGACAUAUGUUGCAGUGAAACGUGUGUCCAAGACUUCAAAACAGGGGAUCAAAGAGUAUGCAUCCGAAGUAAAGAUCAUUAGCCGUUUAAGGCACAGAAAUCUAGUGAAACUCACAGGUUGGUGCCACGAAAAACGAGAACUCUUGCUUGUUUACGAGUUUAUGGAAAAUGGAAGCUUAGAUUUACAUCUCUUCAAGGGAAAGAGCUUGUUGUCAUGGGGCACACGAUACAAAAUCGCACAUGGGCUUGCUUUUGCUUUGCUAUACCUACAUGAAGAAUGGGAGCAUUGUGUUUUGCAUAGAGAUAUUAAAUCUAGUAAUGUGAUGUUAGACUCAAAUUUCAAUGCGAAACUUGGUGAUUUUGGGCUAGCUAAGUUGGUUGACCAUGACAAAAGCCCAAAGGCGACAAUGUUGGCUGGAACCUUGGGUUACAUGGCUCCUGAAUGUGUAGCAACUGGCAUGGCGAGCAAACAAUCAGAUGUGUAUAGCUUUGGAGUGGUUGCACUGGAAAUAGCUUGUGGACGCAAACCCAUAGACUACAUGGGCAAGGAUAAUCAAACACGCUUAAUAGAAUGGGUUUGGGAGCUCUAUGGAACCGGGAGUCUUCUAAAAGCAGCUGAUUCACGUUUGGGGUUGGCUUUCCAUGAAGAAGAAAUCAAAUGUUUGCUGAGGGUUGGUUUAUGGUGUGUUCACCCUGAUUCAGAACUUCGGCCAACGAUGAGACAAGUAAUUCAAGUACUGAAAUCUGAAACUUCCAUGCCUAUACUACCCUCAAAGAUGCCAGUUGCAUCUUACUUAACACCAGCCAUGUCGCCAAUAUUAGUUGUCUCUAACGAGGAUUUGUCAAACCAAAAGGCCUUGUCCUUAGAUUCAUCUUACUUAUAUGGUCGUUAAUUAUUUCGAUUACUACUUUAAUUAUAUCCUUGUUUGUUAGAACUUAGUUCGGUGAUUGUAUCCAUAUAAUGAGGGGUACUUUAAAUCUUUAACUCUUGUAAUAUUUCAAUGUAUAUCCAGUAUUAGCUAGUAUAAA